GAUUCACAACAUAUGAUGGUGGAGACCAUAUUGGUCGGUGACGACCUAAUGAUGGGUCCUCCAUCUCCGGUCAUCCCUCCUGAAAUUGCUUCACAUGUGCUUGAAGGUGUUGAAUUGUGUGAUGGUAUCUUGAGGAAUCUUUUCUUAUUUUUGCAAAUCAAUGAUAUUGAACCAUUUUGCCAAGAUGAGCUUGCUUUGUAUCGGCAAUGUGCUGAAAACAGGGACAAGGUAUUGAGAGUAAGACUCCACUCCAAGAGAGCGAACACUAGUUAG